UGAGGUUAUUAUGUGUCAGGAAACUCCAAUUCAGAGAGAGGAGAGAAGGAAUAAGGAAGAAGCUUCUCAACUACAGCAAAGGAAGCCUUGGCGUUGGAGGGUUUUGCCUUUGCAUAUUAUUCCUCUUCAUUUUUUUACCUCUUGCUUUUGCCGUUCCCUUUAUAUCUCUAUACUUUACCUUCUUCUUCUUUGUUCUGAUCGUCUCUUCCUCGACUGAUAGCAGCUCUGACUGUGGCGAAAAGCCAUUACAAUGGCUGACAUUACUCACCCUCCCAUGGAACAACUCCAAGACCUUGAGUACUGCAUAGACUCCAACCCUCCAUGGGGUGAAACGAUACUACUAGCUUUUCAGAAUUACAUUCUGAUGCUGGGCACCAAUGUGAUGAUUCCAUCCUUAAUUGUCCCUGCAAUGGGUGGAGAUAAUGGUGACAAAGCACGAGUUAUACAGACGCUUCUUUUCGUAGCUGGCUUAAACACGCUUCUUCAAGCACUUUUUGGAACUAGAUUACCAGCAGUAGUUGGAGGCUCCUUUACCUAUGUUAUUCCAAUAGCUUACAUUGUUGGUGACUCUUCACUGCAACGGAUUACUGAUAAUCAUGAAAGAUUUUUACAUACGAUGCGAGCUAUCCAAGGAGCUCUUAUUGUAGCAUCCAGCAUACAAAUCAUCCUCGGUUACAGCCAAGUUUGGGGUUUACUUUCACGAUUCUUCAGUCCAUUGGGCAUGGCGCCUGUUGUUGGAUUGGUCGGCCUCGGGUUGUUUCAACGAGGAUUUCCCGUGCUGGGAGAAUGUGUGGAAAUUGGUUUACCAAUGCUGAUACUGAUCAUUGGACUAUCACAAUAUCUAAAGCAUGUGAAACCCUUCAGAGAUCUUCCCAUUUUUGAGAGAUUUCCUGUGUUGAUCUGUGUCACCAUUGUUUGGAUCUACUCUGUUAUCUUAACUGCAAGCGGGGCUUAUCGGAACAAGCCGAUAAAAACCCAACUGAGUUGCCGAACCGACCAAGCGAAUCUUAUUACUACUGCCCCGUGGUUUAAGUUUCCAUAUCCUUUGCAGUGGGGGCCUCCUACCUUUUCAGCUGGCCAUUCAUUUGCUAUGAUGGCUGCUGUUCUUGUUUCAAUGGUUGAGUCGACCGGGGCAUACAAGGCAGCGUCUCGUUUGGCAAUUGCUACUCCUCCUCCUGCAUACGUUCUGAGCCGUGGCAUUGGUUGGCAGGGGAUCGGCGUCUUGCUGAAUGGUCUCUUUGGAACAAGCACUGGUGCUACUGUUGCUGUGGAAAAUGUGGGACUUCUCGGGCUUACCCGUGUCGGAAGUCGAAGGGUCGUCCAAAUUUCUGCUGGCUUCAUGAUAUUUUUCUCUACCUUGGGUAAGUUUGGAGCUGUUUUUGCAUCCAUACCUAUCCCGAUCUUUGCUGCAACCUACUGCGUUCUCUUCGGCCUCGUCGCUUCAGUUGGAUUAUCAUUCCUCCAGUUCACAAACAUGAAUUCAAUGAGAAACCUGAUCAUCACAGGACUCUCAUUGUUCCUGGGAUUAUCCAUUCCCCAGCUAUUCAACGAAUACUGGAACCCAGCUCGGCGAGGUCUCGUUCACACAAACGCGGGAUGGUUCAAUGCAUUCCUGAACACAAUAUUCUCAUCGCCGGCAACAGUGGCAUUGAUAGUGGCAGUGUUUCUUGACAACACGUUGGAAGUAGAAAAAUCAAAGAAAGACAGAGGAAUGCCAUGGUGGGUGAAGUUCCGAACGUUCAGAGGAGACAACAGAAACGAAGAGUUUUAUACUUUGCCCUUCAAUCUCAACCGUUUUUUCCCGCCAACUUAGAAUUUCAAAUCCCUUUACCUUUCUUCUUCUUCUGAUUAACAACAACAACAAAAAAAAAAACCCUAGGGGGCGGCUAAUCUCGAUCAUUUUUUUGUCGUUCAUUACAUUUUUUGUGGACAAUUUGUAAAGGGCUACGGGUGAUCGUCGGUAAUUUGAUCCAUGCUUUUGUAGAAAGCAAUAAAAUAAGUAGGAAUUUAGGGUUUCUUCGUCGGAAAUUAGGGUUUGUUCAUGGGAAAUUAGGGUUCUUCGAUAUCACGAGGAGCUUUGUUUAGCGACAUUAUUGGGAAACCAGAGUUCUUUCCAGUCGAUUCAAGUUUGGCUUUCUCGUUCAACAUUGAACAUUGAAAUUUGU